AUGCCACCAUGCAGAUACACACCGCCCCGGGGCGUCGCCCCGUGGGGAGGGGGCGCCUCGGAGGAGGACAGAGCGUUCGGUUCCCAGGGCCCCUCGCCCCGGGUGCGGGGGCGCGGCCCGCGGGGGCGGCGCCGCGCCAUGCGUGUCCGCGCCGCCGUCCUGGUGCUCGUCCUGUGCCCCGUCGCCGGGAGGGACCACCCCAACAGGGACGAGAUAUCCCCGUUCCUCGGCCCCUCCCUCGCUUGCGAGCUCUGCACGACAGCGAUGGACAAUUUUCGCUUUGACGUGGCUCGGAGAAUAAAAAGCAGCAUGAGCCCCACGAAGAAGGCCAAGGUCUUCGAAAAGCGGAUUGCCAUUCCUUGCUCUGGUGAGCGAGGGUGGCCUAAGCUCAUGGGCGUCGUGGAGGAGGAUGGGAAGGAAAAGUAUAUCGACGUCGUUGCUGCCGCGCAGAAGGCGAAGGAAUCAACGGACCCGAAUACAGCUGCUCCGAAAUAUAAGCAAAUGGGCCCGGAGGUCAGAAACAAUGCAUUAGAUGCGUGUCGGUAUUUUGUGCAAGGACACCAGGAGAUGUUGUUGGAUGCGAUUAUGAAAAAUGAGGCUGGCCGCGCAAGUGAUCUGAAUUUUCACAGACUGGUGUGCGGUGACGAAGAGGUGUGCCCAGAGGAGGAUGUGGCAGAUAAGGGAGAUGACGAGUUGUUCGAGAACGACCGGGAUGAUGAGAGUGACGAGUUAUGA